GGGAACAACACACCAAAAAUUAAAUGUUAACGCAAUGGAAUUUUGGGGUGGACCCACUGACGUUUCAAUUGUUGCCGUUAAUGGAGGCAGCAACUCGAAGAGUCCCACUGAUUUUUGCUGCUCUCUCUCCCCUCAGACGAAAUCUCUUUUCACUUAUUGUUUCCGUUUGUGGUUUUACGAACUGUCGUUGCCCCUCAAAUAACUUGCUCUUUAGAGUGUUUUAUUUCAAUCUACCACCAUCUCGCUCUCUCUCUCUCUCUCUCUCUCUCUCUCUCUCUGAUUUUAAAUCUAUCUUCUCCCAACCUACCUUCUCAUCAAUUUCUGCGCUGCUCAACAUAGUUGCAUAUGAAAACUCAACUCUUCAACCAUUCCCCGUUUAAGUCCAUCUUGUCAUCUUAAUAACAAUCUACCUGCAUUAAUUAUUAUUACUAUUAUUAUUAUUAUUAUUAUUAUAUCUCUAGACAUGACUUUCCAACCCAACACAUCUCUUCAUCUGGGCCAACCAACCAAAGAACUCAACCUUGAACUCUUCCUCACGCCAUCAACACCACCAUCAUCAUCAUCAUCUUCUUCUUCGUCACUGAUCGUUCAAACCGAACCUAGAAUUUUCUCCUGUAACUAUUGCAAGAGAAAAUUCAACAGUUCGCAAGCGCUUGGGGGUCACCAAAAUGCCCACAAGCUGGAGCGCACUCUAGCCAAGAAGAGCAGAGACAUCAGCUCAGCUGUCCGACCGCCCAGAGGAUCGAAUCAGCAGUGCUCGGGUGGUUUGAGCCUUGCUCGAUGCAGUCAGGCCGGGUUCGAGCAGCAAGAACAUGACGCUAGUUUGUUUACUGGAGAUUUUAGCUAUGGUGGAAGAAGGGUGAACUGUGUUGGGCCUAGAGAAGAAGUAAGUGAUUGGCACAAGGGCUAUCGUACUAACGCUAGAACUGUUCAGAAUGCUUCGGAGGAGUUCAACCAGGUUGACUUGUCUCUGAGGCUUUGAUUUGGCCCUGCUUUCGGCUUCUUCAGAUAUCGCAGUUUUAUUAUUAUUAUUAUUAUUAUUAUUAUUAUUAUUAUUAUUAUUUUCCAUGAUUUGGUGGACGGCUUGAAGGUUAAUGAAUAAGGAUUGUUACCUGCCAUACACGAAGUGCAGGCGCAGAACCUUGACAAAGAAGAAGGGCAGGCAGUCUGUUAAUUAAUCCUAUUUUUACUGUUAUUAUUACUGUUGUAGUUAUUACUACUCUUAUUAUUGUUAAAGAUGAGAUUUAUUCAGAGUGCCCAUAAUUAUUGUGAAGAGAAUGAUAUUGUACGUA